GCGCUGCCCUCCGGCCUGUUUACAAUGCGGAUCCGCCCGGCGGGCGGCGGCGGCCAGAGGCAGACGGAGUUUGUUUCCCUUGACGAAUGUGGGGGCGCGGUGGGCGCAGGGUCCCCCGUGUCGGAGGUAGACCCCGGGACGCCGGAGCACCUCGCCCGGCCUGGAGCAAGCAGGACGAUCGGUUCAGGGAAAGAGCCGGUGGGCGCAGAGAUGGGGGCGGGUAGACCUGGAGCUUCCGCCGCCGCCCCCGCCGCAGGAGCAGGUGAACCAAGGAAAUUUGACCCGAAGUUCAGAGGACCUAUUCAUAACAGGCACUGCACAGACAUUAUUUGCUGUGUGAUCUUCAUAGUUGUCAUUCUGGGUUACAUUGCAUUAGGAGUUGUGGCUUGGGUGCACGGGGACCCCAGGAAAGUGAUUUAUCCAACUGACAGCUAUGGGCAGUUCUGUGGUCAGAAAAAUACCCUCAAUAAGAACAAGACCAUUUUGUUUUACUUCAACAUUCUGAAGUGUGCCAGCCCCGUUGUGUUAAUAAACCUACAGUGCCCUACAACACAGCUUUGUGUCUCAAAGUGCCCAGACAGGUUUGCAACCUACAUUGAUGUUCAGGCUUCCUACAGAUAUAGACCAGAUCAGUGGAAUUACUUCAGGCAGUUCUGCAAACCUGGUUUUAAUAAUCCUCGCAAGUCUGUUGCUCAAGUCCUACGUGAUGAAGAUUGUCCUUCGAUGAUCAUUCCAAGCAGGCCUUUUUUGAAGAGAUGCUUCCCAGACUUCUCCACAAAGAAUGGUGUGUUGACCGUGGCAAAUCAGACUACAUUCAAAGAUGGAAGAGGGAAAACGAGAAAUGUAACUGAUCUCAGGGAAGCUGCAAAUGGCAUCAAUAAUGUCCUGGAUGCAAGAUCAGUUGGAAUGAAAAUUUUUGAAGACUAUGCCAUUUCUUGGUAUUGGAUUUUAAUUGGGCUGUUCAUUGCAAUGAUGCUGAGUCUGCUCUUCCUUGUGCUAUUGAGGUUCACAGCUGGGGUUCUCUUCUGGAUUUUCAUCUUUGGUGUGAUUGGAAUUAUAGGUUAUGGCAUCUGGCAUUGUUACUGGGAGUAUGAUCAUCUUAAAGGAAUACCUGGAUCUGACCUCACUGUUUAUGAUAUUGGAUUCCAGACAGACUUCAAAGUGUACCUGCAACUGAGGCAAACAUGGUUAGCAUUUAUGAUAAUACUUUGUGGUGUUGAGGUCAUUAUCAUACUGAUGCUGAUCUUCCUAAGAAAUCGGAUCCGGAUUGCUAUUGCACUGCUGAAGGAAGGUAGUAGGGCAAUUGGCUAUAUAAUGUCUACACUGUUCUACCCAAUCGUCACCUUCUUACUCAUUGCAAUUUGUAUUUCCUACUGGGCUGUGACAGCUGUUUUUCUGGCCACAUCAGGAGAACCUGUGUAUAAAGUAAUGGCUAAUCAAACACUGUGCAAGUAUGCAAACCUGACUUGUGACCCGGAGACUUUUAACACAACCAACGUGACUAAAUUCUGCCCAGGUGCUCAGUGUACUUUUGCUUUUUAUGGAGGAGAAAGCCUGUACCAUAAGUACAUCUUCAUCUUCCAGUUAGCCAAUGCCUUUGUCUUUCUCUGGCUGGUGAACUUUGCAAUUGCACUGGGUCAGUGUACCCUUGCUGGUGCCUUUGCCUCUUAUUACUGGGCCUAUCGAAAACCAGCUGAUAUUCCACUGUGGCCACUCUUCUCUUCAUUUGGACGAGCAAUACGAUACCAUACAGGUUCGCUGGCAUUUGGAGCCUUAAUUCUUGCAAUUGUCCAGCUUAUUAGAGUAAUACUGGAGUACCUGGAUCACAAACUGAAAGGUACUCAGAACUCCUUCACUAGAUUUCUGCUCUGCUGCCUCAAGUGCUGUUUCUGGUGUUUGGAAAAAUUCUUAAAAUUUAUAAACAGAAAUGCCUACAUCAUGAUUGCUAUAUAUGGUAAAAACUUCUGCACCUCGGCAAAGGAAGCAUUCUUUUUGCUCAUGCGGAAUGUGGUGAGGGUUGCAGUUCUGGACAAAGUUACAGACUUUCUUCUAUUCCUGGGGAAAAUCCUUGUUGCUGGUGGUGUAGGUGUUCUUGCGUUCUUUUUCUUCACACAGAGAAUACCAGUCUUUGCACAGGAAGUACCAAUGUUAAAUUACUACUGGGUACCAUUGUUGACAGUCAUCAUUGGCUCCUACCUAGUUGCACACGGGUUCUUCAGCGUCUAUGCAAUGUGUGUCGACACGCUUUUCCUCUGCUUUUGUGAAGACCUAGAAAGAAAUGAUGGAUCUACAGCAAAACCCUACUUCAUGUCAGCUAGUCUCCACCGAAUUCUAGGGAAGAAGAAACUAAGCCCUAAGAAGGCAGUGGGAUAACAAACGCUAAACCUCAACAUCAAAAAGUGUCACUUUUAAGCAAAACGUGUAUACAGUAGGCAAAAGUAAAAACUGUAAACGAUGCUUCUGGUUAAUGGGUGAUUCUUUUUUCCUUUUGCUUAUUUAAAAAAAAAAAAAAAGAGCAACACUGGUAACAUUUAACUAGUUUAAAUGCUUAAACUAACAGCUGUGAAAACAAGGCCACAUUUUAGUUUAUAGAGUGCCUAUGAAAAGGAAAAUGUAAAUUUGAAACUUUUAUAAGUAUAUGAUGAUGUUUUAAUAACUUUUGUAAUACAACUUGCUGCCUUAGAUGACAGCAGUUUUGAUAAUGUUUCUUCUUAUAAGUGUAUAUUUGUAAAAGAAAUUCAGGCAAUUUUUUGAAAGCACUAUCGUAUAACCUACUUAGCCAUAAAAAAAAGAUAGUUUGAGACUCUAAUGAGGAGAUGGUACUAAAUUUGUAAAUAUGGUGCUACGAUUGUAUUUUUUUGUACAAGCUGCUUCACAGCUAUUUAAACUGUGAUUAUACAUGCAUUAAUGAUUCCCUACACUGAAAAAUGUAGUGAUAUUUUAAUCACAUCUGCAACUGCAUCUUUUAAGACGUAAUGGUACCCUGCAGGUCCCAAAGAAGGUAGUCAGAAAAGACUUUAGUUGAUACUGCUUAAAGUGAAGUUUUCUGGGAGUUGUGCUUAAAAGAUGAUACAACUGAGAGAAGGUCCCACUGCAGUUGAAGUGAUUUGUGGUUCACACAAAUGAGGUUUCAUCUGGUACAAGAUGGUGAAUGUAUAAUUUUUAGCUGAUGUCUAAGAGAGAUGCACAUGGGUUAAUAUCUCCCUAUCUCUGACAAAUAUCUGAUUGUGUUCUUUUACAAGGAAGUUGAGCUUCACUGAAAGGAAAACUAAAUGCAGUCUUUUUUUUCAUUGAAAGAAAGUCUUUACUCUGUGUGUGUGCACAAGGAGUUCCAUUGCCUCUGCCUAGCUUAGAAGGGCUCCUGCCAAGCCAUUGGAAUGACUGUGCAGUUGCAGAGGGCCAGGGCUGUGCUUCCUGCACGUCUCCAUGCUCCCAGUGGCUCACACAGUAAGGUACUAGGACAUUGAACUCAAGUCAUCUCAUUAUACAGGAUGAAUUCUUCAACUACUGAGAGAUGCUCCGAAAGAUUUCGUUUGCUUUUUGAUUGUUAAAUUUGCCCAGUCAUUAGUACAAAGUCAUUAAUACACCUGUUGGUAGAAAGCACAUUAACAUUAGAUGUGGUUUAUGACCCUCCCAGUAGUGGAACUGUCACUGUGGUUAAGUAACAGCUCUGCUGAUGGAAAAGGUCUUUACACUGGAGAGUUUCUCACGUCUGUUACUGCCAAGACUGAGCUAAAAAGAUUUUAAUUUAUUAGUCUCCUGUGGGAGCCAAGGACCCAGCCAUACUGAGGCCUGCCCCUAGUUUUCAUGGAUUCCAGUGUACUGAAGAAGUUACUCCAGUACUGUCCCCUUUCCAGGAGUGGCAUGUGCCAUACAUUUGCCAGUUCUGUGACAGGAGUUCAGCACCUGGAAAUAUUUUUCUAACUCUAGGAGUCCAUUGGUGUCACAAAAAGAAAUGCAAAUUCUUUUCCAGAUGAUUUGAAGGCAAGUUUCUGGGGAAAAUUUACUGACCAUCCACAUCCCAAUGGGAUUUUGCUCCCCAACUUACAGCUCUGGUUUGUGAUGACUGUGAUCACUGCAAAGGCAGUAACACUGUCCUUCAUGCCAUAGGUCUGGGGUCAUGUUUAUGUGCAAGUGACCACCAUCCACACGCUUGCAGUCGUGGGCAUGGUAAGAUAUUGAAAUUCGGUGACCGGAGGUGCAGGUGGCAAUGUGUCCUUGUAAGCUUUCUCUGUGGUCCAGUGGGCGCUGGAGCCCUUUUCCCUGAAGCAAAAAUGAGGGGUUCAGUUUAGGACUCAAAUAAUGUAAAAUAAAGGCAUACGGUUUCAAAUGUAACUACUGAUUAUAGGCACCUUUAGAUUUUGGUAACCACUCCUGAGAUACCCUAGAGUAAACUUGACUUUCAGAAAGGAAUCCUACCUUCGGAGAAAAAGACUCCUGAGGGAUGAAGUUUUUCAUUAUCAUCCUCAUUAUCAUCAUCAGCAGCAGCAGCAUUCCUUUCUCAUUACAUGCAUAGCAUGGAAUACACAGCCCCCCCAUGAUUCUAAUCUUUUCUGAGAAUUAAGUCAGUAACUUUUGGGGCUAUGUGUAACCAUUUUGUGAUUAAAGAAGCUGUUGGUCUCAUUACAAUCCAUGUUCUAAAGCUUUUUUUUUUUUUUUUUAAUGGUACUGAUUAAUUUUCAGCUAAAGAAACUGCAUUACAUAAUCUAUAUUUCUACUGGACUUGAGUGUCUUACUGGGAGCUCAACUGAAAAAGCAUAUUUCUGAAUAGAGCUUGCUUUUUUAUCAUAUGAAUGUAACCACAGAGUUUACUUGGAUUAAAACAUAAUAGAAAUAGCAUACAGUUAUUUGAUUAGAAAACUUUUGUAACAAGCCUAUGCAUUUACUAAAGGAAUUUCUAAAAGUGAAAGUUUAAAAUUGUAUUAUUAUUUAUAUAUGGUUAAAAAAUAUAUAUGUGUAAAUUUGCUCCUCUUCCUGUUUUGUGAAAGUAUUUAGAAUGUAAGUAAUCAUCGUUUCUGAGAAGAAAAUUUAAAAGCCAUUUUCUUAUGAUAUAAUUAUGAGAACUGUGAAAAUACAAAGCAAUAUCAUGUAGAUUUUUGUAAUCAAUAAAUCCAGUAAGUAAAUAGCAAUUAUUUAAUAUUAAAAUUGGCUUUCUAAAAAUAAAUUGCUAAUAAUUACUAAGUCAAAAUUAAUGCAAGUAUUUACUUGGGAAAGAUUCACCCAAGAUGUUUCAAGACUAUCUUCUUAUAACAGUUCCUAAUUAAUCCUGGGGGCCAGAGUCUGCAGAUGUGUGCCGCAGAGGAGGUACUAGUAUUGACAUUUAUGGAUUUGGACAUUUGCUUUGUUGCUUGGUUUAGUAUAAAAUUCAAAAUUCCAUUUUUUACUUUAGAGUGGAACACGGUAAAUACAUUAUGUGCUUUGCUGCUGAGCCCCCCGGGGCUGAUGACACAGUGCCCACCGUGCCACCCGCUGGUGCUGGUCCUGUGCUUGCAGUGCUGGAUGGAGGGGAUGGAGAACUCAGAACUAGCAGGCUCCCGAACUGCCGAGGGCCAUGCCAGGGUCGGGGUCGCGAGUCAGGGUCAUGCCAGGCACCUUCUCCCUGGGAGGAGCUUUGGAAGAGCAGGUGGCUUUGAAGAAAGACCCUUUUACAUGAGUGGAAAAAAAGAACAUUCUCAGGAUCACAAACAAACAGAAUGUGGAAACCAAGACAGUAGAAAACAUCUGCUAUCACAUCCAUGUAAUCACAUUUGUUUAGUUCAGUUUGGAUUAAUUAAUAUGCUCUCCCUAGAGCAUAUUACUGGAUGUCUUUCAUUUACAUGUUUUAUACCAAAGUUCUAAUGUCAAGCCUUCACAUUUUGUAAAAAAACAACAACAAACAAAAAAAACCCACGGAAACAAAACACAGAAACAAGAAGAUAGGAUCAUUUCUUCUGCUGAGGGUUUUUUUUUCCAAACAGUAUUCAGCAGAUUAUUCUUGGGUGAUCCAAGGAUGCUGAAUAUUCUUUUAAAUGUUAGUAUUUAAUGAAAUAUUUUACUAUUGCAUGUUCUGCUGUAGAACGGGAAAAAUAUUUUGGUGGAUGCAAUGUCCGGCUGAUUCUAGAAUAGUCAGUAAGUGUUCUUCCACAAGUGGGCUGUCAGAGAAGUGAUUAUGAAGAAUAAACUGACUGUUUUUUAAUAACACAGAAUGUCUCCCUUUGACCAGUUGCUCAGCCUGGACAGCUGUGUCCUUGAAGACAAAGUGCCUUACUGGCUGUUACUUUACCUGGCUUAUAUUUUGAAGUUCAUUUAUACCAUGUAGACUGCAAAACAGAAAAGGCUAGAGAGGAAAACCAACACUUUAUUUCAAAUUAACUAACAAAAACUGAACUGUGGUAAGGAUAUCAGGUGUGUUUGGGCUGUGUGAUGCAGCACCCAUCAUUUCCCGGUUGCUGUUGUCAAAUUAUGAAAGUUGAUGGUGUGGUCCGGGAGAAAACAUGACAAUAGUGUUGCAAAUAAAUGAAAACAAUGCAAGACUGUUCCAUUUUUAUACAGUAGAUUUUUAAAAUAGCUUUAAUUUGUGCUAUAGUGGACUUCUGAGUAGGGCCUAUUCUGCUUUCUGUUACAAUGAUCAUGCGUGUUGUACCUAUGUGACUGUGAGUAGAACUGGGCUCUUGCUACUUACAACAGAAGGAAUUAAGCUAACAGUUAUAAUAUAUUACUGUAAUGCAUCUAUUUGCGUGUUUAUAAGCAUAAAGUUCCUUCUUCAUUUCAAGACUGAUAAUUUCCUAUUCUGGAAGCAUUUUAUAAAUUGUUCUAAAUUUUUAAACUUUUGAUACUGGUAAUGAUUUUUGGGGUAAUACGUAAUUUGUACUACGCUGUAAACAAUUAGAAAAUAAGUGUUUCUUCAUGUUCAAGUAAUACUAGUGCUACUAUUAAAAUUGUCUGUUAUUCUAUGCUACAAAAUGUCCACAUGCAUUUGUCCCAAAUAAUGAGUUUUAAAACCAUAAAAAUGGCUCUUUGAGGUUUAAGAAAUGAAAGGUAGGUUACUGUUUCAUUAAUAUGAUUCUUAAGACUAUACUGUUUUGCCAAAACUGAAUUAACGCGAGCACGAUGAUUUGAGCUCUAAACCCUGUUGCUUCUGCUAUGCAGAAAUGGAAACCUAUUGUUUAAAUUUCUUUGAUAACGGAAGUGCUUAAUUUUGUUGUUACUUCACCGUUUUACAGUUCUUGGGGAUUGUUCUAAUAAAGAUUUCGAUAUAA